AUGGCGGGCGAGGGCACGGAAAAUGUACAAUACCUCACCCCUCCGGCCGUAACUGCCCUGAGGCAGGAGGCCCGAGCUGUCGAUUCGAAACACUACCCUAUAACGCGUGCGUUGAGCGAUGAUAACAUGAGGGAAGAACGAGAAGACUUGAAGGAGGCAGCGGAGCAGACUUUGAAUGUCAUUGUCGACCUAGAUCUGGACGGGCGCGUCAAAUGGGUGAGCCCGUCUUGGAAACAGGUUGUGGGGACGGCUCCGGAGACAAUAGAAGGGCGAAUGAUCGCGGAUGUUCUGGUGAACAACAAGAACGCUUUCCACGAUGCGAUCGAAUCUCUCAAAGAAGACGAUUCUCGCAGCCGUUUCAUCCGCGUCUCGGUACAGCUAGGCCCGGAUUCGGUACUCAAAUCCUCGCCAGAACCUCAGCCGACGAAGUCCGAGCCGACAGAAGGAGUUGAUGAAGUGGAGGAGGCAUCGCCCGAAUCAGAGGAGAACGGACAGGAUAUUCUCAAUCUGGAAGGGCAGGGAAUUAUGGUCUUUGACCGUACAGCGGAAGGCGUUGCUCACACUAUGUGGAUGUUGCGCCCCUUUUCCAAGCCGCGAGAAGUUACGAUCGACUUGCCAUCCUCCUUGGUAGAGUCACUUGGUGUUGGUGCUGAGGUUCUGGCGAACUAUCUGACUGUUCUCGCUGAGGCUGCUGCUAAUGAGCCCGAUCAGUCUAAACACCCUGCCCCAGAACCCAUCUUAUGCCGCAUUUGUGAGCGUCAGAUAACUCCUUGGUGGUUCGAAAAGCACUCAGAUCUCUGUCUUCAAGAACACCAGGCAGAAAUGGACGUUCAGAUCGCACAGGAGAACCUCAACGAGCACAGGCAUGCAAUUGUCAAAGUUCUCGAUGCCCUAGAGGCAAGACAGGGCAGGCCAGGGACUCACCGUGAUGGUGGGUCACCUCCUUUGCCUCAACCGGAGUAUAAAGGACUCCCUAUUGGACCCUCUCCUGUUGCUUCGGCGCCUUCAUCAGGCACUGUAUCAACCACCAGCUCUGCUCCUGCCACACCUCCCAGAUCCAGAGACCAGUCGGUUACCGGAACUGGCCAUGCACGAGCGCGGUCUUUCGCUGUACGGCGGCCACUCGCGCGGGUAGUUGAAUUGAUUCUUGAUCUUUGCGACACCGCAUUAGAAAUAAACAUGCCUGUGCUCAGAGAAUCCCGUGCCGACAAUGGUGACGAGUUCCGGACCAUGUCACCCCAAUCGGAAUCUCGCAUUUCGCAGGUGCUUCAAUGGCAAUCACCGAGCUCUACUACAUUAGAGCAGGAGCUUGGUCUUGCUAGCCUGUGCAUGGAUACGGAGCAGGUCUCCAAAGCUAAGGUGGACGCUGUGGUUCGUCAUCGCAGGAUUGUCGAGUACGCGGAAAGAAUCCGUAUCGAGUACACUGUUUUGGUUGAGGAGUGUAUUACUGCAGCCUUGAGGAAAGCCGAACGCAUCGCCGCUGGCCAAUUGAGCGAUUCCAGUUCAUCAGAUGACGAGGUUCCACCAGAGGACGCUAUUGAUGAUACAGCUCCCCCGACAAGUUCAGUACUCUCGCAGAACGCGGGUCAGGAGUCUGAACCGCUCCCAACGGUGUCAGCUUUAACGAUGACAAUGCGAAACGCCGCUGAUCGCUUCCAGUCAGGGCAGUCCUCGGAGGGAAAAUCCUCCUCUGUUGCCGUUUCUACAGGGUCAUCUAGCCCCAUGGAAUGUCCCACUCCUCGCUCGCAUAAGAGUGCUGCCGGACUGCUGGGGACUUCUCAACCUUCCCGGCGGGGCUUCUCGUUGGUGGACAUCGACCCAGGCGAUCAGAGCGAUAGCAGCAUCGUCUCGUCUACCAUUCCUGGAGCCAUGCGAACGGAUUCACCUGCAUCUGAUCGCAGUAUGGAGCGUAAACGCAGGAGCCUGGUGCUCCCUGGUUUGUCUGGAUCCCCGCGACGCCAGCAAUCCCCAGCGCGAGCAUCUGGUCCCCAUUCACCGCUACGUAUGCCCAAACCGCGCCUCUCUACCGGAGCCGAAAGUGUCUCGUCCCCUAUUGUCUCGCCCUCCACUAAUUUGGGCGAAUUGUCACUUCACCAUUACCGACAUCAUCGCCGCCAAUCUUCAACUACGUCUUCCGAUAUGCCUCGGCCACCUGUCUCACCCCAUUUGACUACCGCUAGUCAGCCUCAACCACGGCCGGCACCACCGUCCAUCAAGGACUUUGAGAUCAUUAAGCCUAUUAGCAAAGGUGCUUUUGGAAGUGUCUAUUUGUCUAAAAAGAAGACGACUGGUGAAUACUAUGCGAUCAAGGUGCUCAAGAAGGCCGAUAUGGUUGCUAAAAACCAAGUGACCAAUGUCAAAGCCGAACGAGCGAUUAUGAUGUGGCAAGGGGAAAGCGAUUUCGUUGCUAAGCUUUACUGGACCUUUUCCAGCAAAGACUACCUCUACCUAGUGAUGGAGUACCUUAACGGGGGAGAUUGUGCCUCGCUAGUUAAGAUUCUAGGUGGUUUACCUGAAGAUUGGGCCAAGAAGUACAUUGCCGAGGUUGUACUAGGUGUGGAUCACCUUCACAGUCGGGGCAUUGUGCAUCGAGACCUCAAGCCGGACAACCUAUUGAUCGACCAAAAGGGACAUCUGAAACUGACGGAUUUUGGACUUUCUCGUAUGGGCCUAGUUGGGCGCCAAAAGCGUGUCUUGAAGAGUAUGAACGAACAGUCAGUGGACCUUCUGAAACAGGGCCCAUUUCCGCGGGCAACGUCCAUUACCUCGUCUCGAUCCGCCUCGUUCGACUUCCAGGGCGGUGCCUCGCCGGGGUCAACCCCACUCAUCACCCCAGACGUGGCUGGCAGCAUGCCUCAGCCGUCUUAUUUCAGCCUCAAUCAAGGUGGUGGACUCAGUAGGCAAACUUCUCGCCGAGCAUCCGGGUAUCGGAGUGACAGUGGUGGUAGCGAAAACCUGAAUGCGAUCUUCCGAACCUUGUCGUUAAACGAGGGACCUGAGACUCCGGGAGCAUUGCCUGCUCCACCGCCUCCUCCUCCUGAUAGCGCACAUGAGGAGGAAGCACAAAGCGAUGCGGGAGAGUCGCCUUACUUGCAUCCACUUCAACCUACGCAUAGCAACUCGAUCUCAACCGGCACGCCACCUCAACAGGGUAUGAUGCCACCACUGAUGGCUUUGUUUGAUCCGGAAGAUCACAACAGACGCUUCGUCGGCACCCCGGAUUAUCUCGCACCAGAAACAAUUAAUGGUGUCGGUCAGGAUGAGAUGAGUGAUUGGUGGUCUUUGGGCUGUAUCAUGUUUGAAUUCCUCUUUGGUUACCCUCCUUUCAAUGCCGCCACUCCAGAUGAGGUGUUCGAAAAUAUACUCAACCGAAGGAUCAAUUGGCCAGAGGACCUUGAGGAACUAGCAUCACCUGAAGCCCUCGACCUCAUAAAUAAGCUUAUGGCCAUCAAUCCGCGUGAGCGAAUAGGGUCUAACACAGAGGAAAAGUAUCCAAGCGGAGGCGCGGAAAUCCGGAGUCAUUCUUGGUUUGCGGAUAUUAACUGGGACACUCUCUUGGAAGACAAAGCUCAGUUUGUCCCGAAUCUGGAAAACCCUGAAGACACUGAAUACUUCGACGCUCGCGGCGCGACGCUUCAGGCUUUUACUGAAGAAGAGGAGAACUCUCCUCAACCUCCAGUCACGACUGGCUCAUACAUUGACCGGCCUCAUGAUGCACUUUACAAGGUUCGAUCACAGGUUAACUCCAUCAAGCGGCCAUUGAUGCCUCUGCAUAUUCCUCCGCACGUUCGGGAGUCGCGGAGCAGGAGACUGAGCGAACCUUCCCUGGCUGAUGACUUUGGAAACUUCGCCUUCAAGAACCUCCCCAUGCUAGAGAAGGCCAACAAAGAUGUGAUUCAGAAGCUUCGGCAGGAGGCGAUGCAAGCACAACAGCGCCAGUUCAAUAAUCCAGCUUCUCAGCCGCCACAACAAGCCCAGCCACAGGCUCAAGGAACAGGCCCUACGCCGCCAUCGUCUGGCCAGUCAUCAGGGCCUUCACUGGAAGGAAGUCCGUUGCCAAUGUCGCUUCAACGGACUAUGUCUCAAUCGAAAGUGAACAACAGGCCUGCGUCCCCCUCUGCCCUUAGUCAGGCCAAUUCUUCGCCAAGUCGACCAUCACAGCCCUCAUCUCCGCUCCUCGUUCAAUUCAGCACGGGUCAUAAUCAUGAGCGCAGGAAGACCUCGGGGUCAUCGUCAACCACGAAUUCCCAUCAAUCCAGUGGAUCUUUCCAACCAGUUUCAGCUGAUCAAGCCCGCGUGGCAAACAACAAUAAGCUUGGCUCCGCAGCCUCGUCCCCAAUCAAGCCCGGUCGGACUGGGACGCACUCUCCCGAUAAGACACUUAAUCAACAGCGUCAUGGCAGUGCUCCAGCAGCAAGGGCCCGUUCCCAGACAAUCGGAUCACAGGAUGGUGAUUUGUCUUCGUCUCUUGCAAAAGAAACAUAUGUUGCUGGCCAUUACAAACGUCGCAGCCAGUUAUUUGAUAUCUCGCCUUCUUCUUCCGAUAAUGAGGACCCACGAGCCAAAGCUUUGCUUAAAGUACAGCGCCGUCGGCAGAGUUCAAGACGCCUUUCUCAAAUCAACUUCGCGGAUGGUCCCUUUUUCCGGCCGCUCGACAUCCUUAUUUGUGAAGAUCAUCCGAUUUCUCGAUUGGUCAUGGAGCGCCUAUUUGAGAAGCUUCGUUGUCGCACUAUUACGGCCACCAAUGGUGCAGAGGCAGUUCGCUACGCUCUUAGUGAGGUGCAAUUCGACAUUAUCAUGACGGAGUUCAAACUUCCACAAGUCAAUGGAGCAGACGUUGCCCGGAUGAUCCGAGAAACCCGCAGUGCUAAUCGUCACACGCCUAUUAUCGCGGUUACUGGCUACCUAAAAGAUCUUCCCGAGACUCAUCAUUUCGAUACCCUCAUUGAGAAGCCGCCGACCCUCACAAAAUUGACAGAAAUCCUGUGCAAGUUCUGUCAAUGGAAGCCUCCGCCAAAGGACUAUAACCCGUCAAUGUUUAUGGCCUCGGCACUUCGUCAUACACCUCCUGCUCAAGUUGAGCAUAGUCCAAGCUCGACGGUGUCUUCCAAUUUUGCUCUUGUGCCUUCUAGCUCCUACAGAGGGUCCAGCCGCGAGGAUUCAGUGGGCAGCAGCUAUUUUGGUGACUUGGAUUCGAUCAAAGCUGAGGAAGUCCCCGUCAUUGUAAGUCGUCAGGCUGAUGACUGGGGCCAGAGUGCCGGAGGAUUGGGCAUAUCUGAGGACUCGAAUAUCGCACAAGAAACCCAAGAUUCAAGUCGCAAAACGCCGAGUGCCUCUAGUACAGUACCAUUUCCGAGCUUACCUCAUGCUGCUUCCAGUCCGCCCACUUUGAGUCCGUCGGGCAUGAUUACACCACGAAAACAGCGCUCCACUGAAGCUAUUCGAGCGAAGCGCGAGUCCCUUGAGAAGAAACGCCAUGAAUGUGCAGAGUCGGGAGAUGACGAAGAUGAAGAGCUCGGAACCCUCCAACCUAGAACACAAAGUCCGCGGAAUCGCGCGAACCGACCAGGUUCUAAACUCGGAAUCGAAAUGAUGAGAACCAAUAGCAGAGGCAGUGUCGUCAGCACUAACGAGGAUGCUUUUAAGAGAGAGAAGGAGUUUAGAGAAAGAAGCAAAAGCGGGAGCUCCGAUGAUAUUGGUGAAGGUGGAAGCGAUGCAAUUAAGCCUCCUCGAAACUCGUUGGAGAGCAAGUUUGCAGAGCUCAAUAUUCCUGAGGAAGCCAUCUUGCCGUCCAUUGAAGACGAGUUCAGUCCGAAACACUCUCCCUCUCCUCUCGCAUUAGCAUCAAGAUCUAUGAUGCUAUCUCCAUACGCCAAGCCCCCUUUCUCUCGCUAUAUCACAGAGAUCUAUAAAAAGUCAGACACUGAGGCUGGCUCUGAGUCCUCGAUAGGAGGGCAAAUCACUCCUCCCAUUGUCUUUCCAGGCAGUACCAGCGAAGCAUAUCCCAAUACUCCUCCAAUCACCUUAUCAAGUCUCUUUGGUGAUGCGAGAUCUCAUCAAUCAAGCCUGACGCCUAUUCCAGACUCUGAUGCCACGCCUCGGCCCCUCCACACGCCUUGCCCAAAUCCAGAUCCGGACAAUACCCCUCGACAGGCAAGGUAG